AUAACUCCACCAUUCCUUAAAACUCUCUUUCCAGUGCCAAGCUUCUCUUCUCUCUCCACCAAACUAAAAUUACCCCCAUUGAUUUCCUUUUCAAGUGCUUGCCAUCUUUCACAAUUCAGUUUUCAAACAAAAUGAGCCAAAAUGAGAGUGCGUCUAAUGGAUCGAGGAUGAAUUGUAACUGUGAUAUUGCAGCGAGGAUUUUCACGGCUUUCACUCCUAUGAAUGUUUGGAGACGCUUGUAUAAGUGUGCUAGACCUAAUGUUUUUAAAUGUGUUUUGGAAAUGGAUUGAUGAGUCGCUCCAUCCUAGAUUUUCUGAUCUCAUUCACAAUUUGAAGAAGGAAAAUGAUAGUCUUAAACAUGAAAAGAAUGCUUUGGAGACUGAUCUUGAAAAGUUUUUGGCAUAUGAUAUUGAAGAAAAAUGUGGUGAUAAAGAUGAAAUUAGUGUCUCCAAGGGUGAGGAGGUUGUGUCAAUAAUGAAGAGAUUUUUGUCGACAAUGAAGUUGUUGAUAAGCCUUUGGCGGAUGUUCAUGAUGGGACGAAAAAAUUGACGGAAAAAGUGCUGAAAUUGUGGAUUGGGAUAGCUAUGUCGUGGUGUUGUUUUGCUGGAUUCAUCACAUCUUGGGUGAUGAAAUAGAUAUCGUUUUCCUUUUCAAUUUCAAUGUGGCAGUUGUAAUCUCAUUAAGGAUAUGUUUGUGUUAGUAGUUGUUUUGAAUGCAAUUGUAAAUACUGUGUCAAAUUGUAGUUGUUUGUGUUAGUAAUUGUGUUCAAUUUGAAUGCAGUUGUAAUUGUAGUUGUUCAA